GCUCCGUCUCUCCCCUCCAUCGCCGCGCAUUCUCUGAGAGAGAGAGAGAGAGAGAGAGAGAGAGAGAGAGCUCCUUCGACGAAUCGAGAUCGUCUGCGCGAAAACCCUAACCCUAGAAGCGCUUCGUUCUCCGCCGACGAGGAACCAUGGCGGCCCCCGCGCGCGUACUCUCCCAGAAGGAGCAGGACAUACAGAUGAUGCUCGCCGCCGACGUCCACCUCGGGACGAAGAACUGCGACUUCCAGAUGGAGCGCUACGUCUAUAAGCGCCGAUCCGAUGGAAUUUACAUCAUCAAUCUUGGUAAAACUUGGGAGAAACUCCAGCUGGCGGCUAGGGUCAUUGUUGCCAUCGAGAACCCUCAAGAUAUCAUUGUCCAGUCAGCAAGGCCGUACGGUCAGAGAGCUGUCUUGAAGUUUGCACAGUACACAGGUGCUCAUCCCAUUGCCGGGAGACACACACCCGGUACCUUCACCAACCAGCUUCAAACAUCCUUCAGCGAGCCCCGCCUUCUUAUAUUGACAGACCCUAGGACAGACCAUCAGCCAAUUAAGGAAUCCGCUCUUGGGAACAUUCCAACCAUUGCCUUCUGUGAUACUGAUUCUCCAAUGCGGUAUGUUGAUAUUGGAAUUCCUGCAAACAACAAAGGAAAGUUCAGUAUUGGCUGUCUCUUCUGGCUAUUGGCGAGAAUGGUUCUCCAGAUGCGGGGUACUAUUCCUCCUGGGCGCAAAUGGGAAGUGAUGGUGGAUCUCUUUUUCUACAGAGACCCUGAGGAAGCGAAGGAACAGGAAGAAGAGGAGGCUCCCGUUGCCCCAGAGUAUGGCGCAGUCACCGAGUUCACAGGCAUGGGGCCGACCGACCAGUGGACUUCCGACCAGUGGGUUUCUGAUGUUGGUGCUGUACCUGCUGCUGCUAUUCCCGCGGUGCCUGCUGUUGAUUGGGCCACAGCUCAAGCCCCUGUAGCUGGAGAUGGAUGGGAUGUUGCCGCGGCACCUCCCGUAGAUGGUGCUGCUCCCCCAGUUGUUCCUUCAGGUUGGGAGCCUGCUGCGCCCGCCGCCACUGGCUGGGAGUAGGGAAAUGCAUCGUCUUUCCGUCGAGCUUCAUUUUUUUUAGAUACUGUUUGAGUGGCUCUUGUUUACCAUGAAUUUUGACUUCCCAGUGCGAACUAUCUACCAGUGGCCGCAUUUCUCUUCUUUCUUUUGCUCUUUUAGACAUGGAUGUUAGUAAAUUUUGGUGAUGUAUUUUGAGGUAGGAAGUAAUUAUGGUUUAACGCGUGCUAAUUUAUUUCUAAUUUAUUUCUUAUUCUUAUAUGGUCAUCUCGAUUAAUGAAAUGAUGCUACAUGGAAUCAUUA